AUGGCCUACUCUGACUCCAGCGAAACGUCCUCUUCUGAAUCGAGCAGAACACACUCCCCGACACCUUCAUCCACGUCCAUCGUGGACUCUGAACACAGUAUCCAUCGGCUGUGCAAGUGCCGAUGCGACCCCGAAUGUAAUUGUUCAUGUCCAUGUCGCGACCAUUGCAUCUGUCUCUCGAAAUACGACGACAGUCACACGUGCAACGACAAGUGCAACAAGGACUGCGAGUACAAACAUAAAGGGCAAUGUCAAAGGCAAUGCGGCUCCCACAAGUCUUAUCGAAAUCUAGUUGUAUGCCUCGACGGAACAUCCAAUCAGUUUGGUCACCGAAAUACCAACGUCGUGGAACUGCACAAUCGUAUACUGAAGGAUGACCCAGAUGUUCCUCAGCUUACCUUCUACAGCAGCGGUAUUGGGACCUAUGUCCCUCCAAGUAGACUUUCCGUAGCUCACUGGUUGCAUAAUUUUGACAAAGUAUUCGCAUGGAGUUUUAAGCGCCUUGUCGAAGAAGCAUACAGGUGGAUAGCAGAUCAUUAUCAGCCCGGAGAUAGAUUAUUUUUGUUUGGUUUUUCUCGUGGGGCUUACCAAGUUCGUGCGUUAGCAGGAAUGAUUGAGAAGCUCGGUCUCGUUUUCUCCGGAAAUAAAGGUUUAAUUCCCUUUGCCUAUGAGCUAUAUUCCUACAGACACAAGGGCAUGAAAAUUAAGAGCGAAGCAGAGGCUGAAGCUCUGGCACUGAACUUCAAGCGUACAUUUGCGAGAUCAGUCAGGGUUCAUUUCGUAGGUGUCUGGGACACCGUCUCUUCAGUAGGAAUUGCGCAAACGAAGCCUUUGCCAUUGACAAAGUCUGCUUCUCAUAUAUGUUUCUUCCGGCACGGACUGGCCUUGGAUGAGCGUCGUGUAAAAUUCUUGCCCGAAUAUCUGGCCGGGGGUCGGUCACCGCUAUCUGGGAACGAGCACUACCCUGACGAGGAUCCCCCUAACGCGAAGGAGGUUUGGUUUCCAGGGAGACACUCUGACAUGUGUGAUCUCCCUCUUUUGUGGAUGGAGAACGAAGCCGGUGUAGCAGGUCUGAAUUUCGCACCACGGCGUGGUGGAGUUGAAUGGAGAUGGGACGAUCAUCAUUUAGACAAGCCAAAGAACGCAUUAGGUGGGUUAUGGUGGCUAGUCGAGUUUCUGCCAGUCAAGCAUCUGCGGUAUAUUGACAAGGAGAGCACUACGCGGUAUUUCUGUUUCCAGGGUGGCCUUCAGUCUGACUCACGAACCAUUUACUAG